UUUGAUUUGUACAAAAAAUAGAAACAACAAUCUCAGUCAGAGAAUUCGCAGUAAUCUAAAUGUCGGCGUCCACUUCAAUCGCCGAUCUCCGCCAACCACUCCACGGCGUCGUUCGCCGACCACCAUCGUCGCAUCUGAAAUCAGAUUAGGUCAUGUGGUUCAAUUAGUGACCAAUGCUGUCAAACAUUGGUUAUAACGAAUGGCGGUAAAGCAUAGUGGUUAGAAAUCAAUCACACGACACUUCAGAAUUCGCUUGCAAUGUCAUCGUCCACUUCAAUCGUCGCUCCUCGACCACCACCGCAUCUCAGAUCAGGUGAAAAUGGCGAGCUCAGUGGAGAAGGAAGGUUCUGCUGCUGUCAGAGAUGCAGGUGCAUCGGAGGAGCCUGUUUGGUUGGAUCUACCUGCACCAUCUGGUUGGACCAAAAAGUACUUCUUUCCAAAGUCUGGAACACCGACAAAGUAUGAGGUUGUCUUUACUGCACCAUCAGGAGAGAAAAUCCAUACAAGGAGGCAUAUGGAGGAGUAUCUGAAGAAAAAUGGUGGACCGAAUGUCUCAGAAUUUGAUUGGGGCAAUGGCGAGACUCCAAGAAGAUCGGCAAGGAUCAUCGAGAAGGCCAAGGCAGCUCCUCUAGUGGAGCAUGAAAGUGAACCCCCUAAGAAACGGGGCAAAAAGUCAGCAUCAAAUUUAAAAGCAUCAAAAGGAAAGAUUGAUGACAAAGCAGCUGAGGGGUCUGAAGUUGUCCAGACUAAUGAUGAAGAAAGGAUUCGAAAACCGGCAAAGGAGACGAAGAAAAGAUGGUGGAAUAAAGAGUGGAAGAUUGAUCAAAGCUCCGAAUAGAAUAAACUCUUGGCUUCUGUCUCCUGUCACUGAUGAUGCCUUGAAAAUGGCUCUUGCCUUUGUCGUGACUGUUUUGAAUGGCUAAAUUUUGUGUGGUGACAUGGUUGCAGUUAAUUAUACUUCUGCAGCUUGAAAGUCUUUCCAUUUUCACUGUUGGUUGAACUGCAACAAUGCAUGUAGUAAAAUUCUCAAUGACAUUAAAAUUACAAUUUUGUGAGACAAUUUGGAUCCAAGUUUAAACUU